CCUUCUCAAUCUUAUAAGCUCGCUCGCUCGUCUCUUUCCACUCCGUCAAGCUCUCUCUGCCCCCUCCCUCUUUCUUUCUCUUAACCGAUCUCAAGAUCCAGCCAUGGCUCAGCCUCUCAUCAAGAAAGACGACGAUCAGGAUGAAGAAGAUUACUCUCCGUUUCUAGGGAUUGAGAAGGGCGCGGUCCUGCAAGAAGCUAGGGUAUUCCAUGAUCCUCAACUAGAUGCAAGGAGAUGCUCUCAGGUUAUAACAAAAUUGUUGUAUCUAUUAAAUCAAGGAGAAACUUUCACCAAGGUUGAGGCGACAGAGGUGUUUUUUGCUGUGACGAAAUUGUUUCAGUCGAAGGAUACUGGGUUAAGGAGAAUGGUUUAUUUAAUCAUCAAAGAGCUUUCACCUUCUGCUGAUGAGGUUAUCAUUGUCACGAGUUCCUUGAUGAAAGAUAUGAAUAGCAAGACAGACAUGUAUAGGGCCAAUGCUAUUCGUGUUCUUUGUAGAAUCACUGAUGGAACUCUCCUCACUCAAAUUGAAAGGUACUUAAAACAAGCAAUUGUUGAUAAAAAUCCUGUUGUGGCCAGUGCUGCUCUCGUCAGUGGCAUUCACUUGCUUCAGACAAAUCCAGAGAUUGUGAAAAGGUGGAGUAACGAGGUUCAGGAAGCUGUUCAGUCAAGAGCUGCCCUUGUGCAAUUUCAUGCGCUGGCUCUUCUUCACCAGAUUCGGCAAAAUGACCGUUUGGCUGUGAGCAAGCUUGUUACCAGCUUGACAAGAGGAACAGUUCGGUCACCUUUAGCUCAGUGCCUCUUGAUUAGAUACACAACCCAGGUGAUCCGAGAGUCGGGCAUGAAUACACAAACCGGGGAUCGCCCCUUUUUUGAUUAUCUUGAGGCCUGUCUGCGUCAUAAAGCAGAUAUGGUGAUAUUUGAAGCUGCUAGGGCAAUCACAGAGCUCAGUGGAGUUACUAGUAGAGAACUGACUCCUGCAAUUACAGUUCUACAAUUAUUUUUGAGCUCCUCAAAACCUGUACUUCGGUUUGCUGCUGUGCGCACACUAAACAAGGUGGCAAUGACACAUCCCUUGGCAGUAACAAACUGUAAUAUUGAUAUGGAAAGCUUAAUAUCUGACCAAAACCGGAGCAUUGCUACUCUUGCCAUCACUACACUCCUUAAGACUGGGAAUGAAUCAAGUGUAGAUCGCUUGAUGAAGCAAAUUACCAACUUUAUGUCAGAUAUUGCAGACGAGUUUAAGAUUGUUGUUGUCGAAGCCAUAAGAUCUCUGUGCCUGAAAUUUCCGCUCAAGUAUCGAUCAAUGAUGAACUUCUUGAGCAACAUUCUUAGAGAAGAAGGUGGGUUUGAAUACAAAAAAGCAAUCGUUGACUCAAUAGUCAUCCUCAUCAGAGAAAUACCAGACGCUAAAGAAAGUGGCUUAUUUCAUCUCUGUGAGUUUAUUGAAGAUUGUGAAUUCACAUACCUUUCAACUCAGAUACUUCACUUUCUGGGGAAUGAAGGGCCAAAGACAUCAGACCCUAGUAAAUAUAUAAGAUACAUUUAUAAUCGAGUUAUACUUGAAAAUGCGACGAUACGAGCAUGUGCAGUGAGUACCUUGGCAAAGUUUGGUGCUUUGGUUGAUGCAUUGAAGCCUCGCAUAUUUGUACUUCUAAGGCGCUGUCUAUUUGAUAUUGACGAUGAGGUCCGUGACCGGGCAACGCUUUAUCUUAAUACACUUGGAGGUGAUGGUUCAGUUGCUGAAACUGAGAAAGAUGUCAAAGAAUUCCUCUUUGGUUCAUUGGAUGUUCCUCUGGUUAACUUGGAGAAAAGCUUGCGAAAUUAUGAGGCUUCUGAAGAACCUUUUGAUAUUUCUACUGUGCCAAGAGAAGUCAAGUCACAGCCUCUUGCUGAGAAAAAGGCUCCAGGGAAAAAGCCUUCUGGUUUUGGUGCACCUCUCAGUGCUCCAACAUCGGCUGCUGAUGCAUAUGAGAAGAUGCUUUCUUCCAUUCCUGAAUUUUCAAGCUUUGGAAAAUUAUUCAAGUCAUCUGCUCCUGUGGAGUUGACCGAAGCUGAAACUGAAUAUGCGGUUAAUGUAGUCAAGCACAUUUAUGAUGAGCAUAUUGUAUUCCAGUACAACUGUACAAACACCAUACCUGAGCAGCUAUUGGAAAAUGUUACAAUCUUUGUUGAUGCUUCUGAAGCUGAAGAAUUUUCAGAAGUUGCAUCAAAGCCAUUGAAGACUUUACCUUAUGAUUCACCUGGGCAGAGUUUUGUGGCUUUUGAGAAACCAGCAGGAGUUCCAUCUGUUGGAAAGUUCUCUAAUAUCUUAAAGUUCAUUGUCAAAGAGGUAGAUCCAUCUACCGGGGAAUCAGAGGAUGACGGUGUUGAAGAUGAAUACCAGUUAGAAGAUUUUGAAGUAAUGGCUGCAGAUUACAUGCUGAAGGUGGGAGUAUCCAAUUUCAAAAAUGCUUGGGACAACAUGGAUCCAGAGGGCGAGCGUGUUGAUGAAUAUGGACUUGGUACAAGAGAGAGCUUAGCUGAAGCUGUCAACGCUGUUAUUAAUAUUCUCGGCAUGCAGCCCUGCGAGGGCACUGAUGUCGUUCCAAGCAAUGCAAGGUCACAUACUUGCCUUUUGUCCGGUGUGUUCAUAGGCAAUGUGAAAGUCCUCGUCAGACUAUCAUUUGGUAUUGAUGGACCUAAGCAAGUCGCCAUGAAACUUGCAGUCAGAUCCGAUGACCCAGCAGUUAGUGAGGCAAUCCAUGAAAUUGUUAAUGGCUAAGGAUUGAUCCUUCAUGCUACUUUAAUCUUUUCGUGCCUCCAAUUCUGAGGAUUUUGUGGAGCAUGUGGGGUUUUUAUGUAUUGAGGUUAAAUCUAUGUAUUAAAGCUUGGGAGAUGACGGAAGAAAAGUUAAAAUUAUCAGGGUUCGAGAACGGGUAUGAGAUUUUUCUGAAAGAUUUGAAAGACGUCAUCUGUUUGUUCUUGUUCAGGUGUUUUGUGAUCGGGUAUUUAAAACACAAGAAAUGUUUCAGUGAACCUUGAAUCUGCCUGCAUGCUGCAGGCAACCUAGCCAUUCAAAUCAGAGCAUUGAAUAAACUUGGGGUCAUAGCAAGUUUAUAUAGUUAGACAUGUCUGCUUUAUUUACUAUGCUUGUAUGAAUUCUUGAACUGCUACACAGAGUUGAAAUUUACACCAUUUCCUUUCA